AUGCCUAGAAGAGGAGGAAUUCCUUUCGGAAUGUCGCUUUAAUAAGAAUAUGAAGUUGAAAAAAUUAUCAAGACUAAGUAUGAUGAUUAACUCAGAACAAAUCUUUAUCUUGUGAAAUGGAAAGGCUAUGCAGAUCAUUUAAAUACUUGGGAACCUGAAUGGAAUCUUGAGAACUCCAAAGAAAUUCUGAAUGACUUUAAGAAGAAAAACAAACAUUCCCUUAACUAAAAUGAAGAUGAGUAAGGUAAUUAAUCUGAUAGUAGUAGUAAUUCUUAGGAAGAAGAUUACUAGCCUAUUAAGAAAGCUCCUAAAAAAAAAACAAAUAAAAGAAAAAACGAUGAAAAUUCUGUAAGUACCAGAAGGUCAAACAAGAAACAGCAUAACGAGGUUAGUGAAGUAUCUGAUGAAAGACAGAAAAAGCAAAACGAUGCUGAAGAAUCACAAAAGUACACUAGAUUCUUAUCAAAAGGAAGAGCAAAGUAUGUUAUCAAAAAAUUCUUUAAAAAUAAUUCUGGUGUUUGGAUGAUAGAUUUCUAGUAAUAGUAGCUAGGAAAUGUCAUUAAUAUGUGCAAGAACAUUGAUGAAUCUCUUGAAUACUUAGAACCUAAGUUAAUUAUCACGUACCUUUUGUAAAAAUUUGAACCUAGCAGUCAAAGCUGA